CAUCGUUUGUGCUCCACAGGUAGGUCUGGCUGCCAGUGCCAUGGCUCAAAGCAUGCCCGACAGGCCAGUUCUGUCUCCGGUGGCACCAGACCUGCGGGAACGCUUUUCUGCGUUAUUUGCAAACCUGGCUCGGGAGGAGGACGCACUCAAGAAUGUACUGUCACAAAAUGAGCUGAUGGAAAAACAGCUUCAGGCGGUUCGACGCUCCCGCAGGUUGCCGCCAGCUUUCGACCAUGAAGUGGCUGAUUUGAGGCAAGAAGCCUUGGUAGCCGAACAACGAUGCGCUCUAGAGAGUGGUGAGGCUGGAGCGCUGGCGGCUGCUUCAGCAACCUAUGAGCGACAAUGUGCGCGACUUCAGGAGCGUUGCCAAGCUGAAGCUAGCCAAGAGCGUGCAGCAACAGAGUCUUUGGGCAAAAAUGCAUCUGAAAUGCAUAAUCUGAAGGCGGAAUGCCAUGAGUUGAGCUCACAACUGGAAGGAAUGGAAGCACACCGCCAGAAGGUGCUUCGCGAUUUUCAACAACUCCAAGAGGCUUCCAGACGAACGGCCACAAAAUCCAAAGAAGUUCAAGGACAAGUGCUCGAGCAAAAGGCCAAAGCUCAGAAAUUGCAAGAAGAGGCGGCUCGGGAUAUGCAAGAGUUAGCUGCUUUAGACAAGCUGGUAGACUCGAAGAAGACUGAUGUGGAGUAUUCCAAGCGCUGGCUGGCUGAAGAACGAGAAGCAGCACUCCAAAGUGAGACACGCCACCGUGAGCAAGUGGGAAGGAGGACCAGGUACGAGGAAGAGCUCAGCAGUCUUAGUUCUCAGCUGGACCAGUGCCGGAAGGACGGCAGUGAGCUUCAGGCUCAGCUAGAUGCCACAAUAAAGGAGGCAGCCGUUCUUCAAGACAAGCUUCGUUUGGAAGAGCAACGCCAUCGCAGUGAGCUGGAAGCCGCAGAGGCCUCCAAAGCACAGAAGGAAAGGCUGGAAGCCGAGCUCAAAGGAGCAGAAGCUGCAAAGGCUGAUGUAGAGAAGGAGCUCGGGGACCUUCGCAAGCUUGCCGCAGAUUUGGUUGAACAGUGUGCAUCGCAGCGAAGAUGGAGAGACGAACAGGCUCAGAAGCAGGCGACCCAGCAGCUGGCCUCCGAAAGGCUGAGGAAAGAAAUUCAGCAGCUGCAUACCGAACAGGCUCGCUUGCAACAUGAAGCCAAGAUGACGAUGCAGGAUCGCAAUCGCUUGGAGGUAGAACUGCAGGUGGCCAAGCCGGCUCUGGAGGAAGCACGUCGGCGUUGCAAAGACUUGGAGUAUCGCUUGGUGAGCCGAGUCCGAGAGCUCAGCGACGAGACGGAGCGCGUACGGCGUUUGCAGCUUGAAGCAGAGGUGGCCAAGUCUCGCUUGGCUGCAGUGGAGGGCCAAAAUAGCUUGGCCGUGCGAAAGCUGGAAGAGCUUUCGUCCCCUGACAAAGCCAUCACCGGAAGUCCUCCAAAGCCGCCGAUCUUGAAGGAACCUCGUGGAGACUUGAGCGGGCGAUGGUCCAGAGGGGAUGGGAAAACGAGGAACGCUACUAUAGCUGCUAUAGCUCCUGAGGGCAUGGGAAAUACCACAGGGGUGGGCCCGAUUGGCAUAGAUUCAACUGAUUCUAUGCGGUUCCUUUGUGAAUAUGUGGCCAAAGAGGAGGCCAGAUUGGGCCUACCAGCUCCACGCUAAGCUUUGCGCGCUUUGUAUCAUAGGAUUUGAGAGCAUUUGAGUAGAGUAGCUCAUGGGUUUUGAGAAUCAGCCCUGUUUGCUUGUCAUUGGUUGGCCAGUGCUCAUGCAUCACUCUUUUGAUUUGUUUGUUGGUUCUAUGAUUCUUGAAGCCGCAUUCUUUUCACGCAAAUGUAUGUUUACAAUCAUCCCGCCGCUUGGAAACAAGAUGCAACUUUGCAGCAUAAGAGACCGCCUCAUGAAGACUUCACAGGUACCCGGCGGUAGUCGGGUGCCUUUGUGAGGCCGCAGGGAGCCAUCCAUGCCCCGACUCUGACAGAGAGAGAGAAAGAGAGGAAGAGAGGAAGGGAUGAAGGGAGGAAGAGAGGAAGAAAGAAGCAUCACAGAUGCAGUGACAGUACUUGUGCACACCGCUGGUUUGGAGCGCAGUUUAGUGCAGAAGAGUUGAAGCCUCCUCAACAUGCCUGUCAGACCCGAAAACUUGCUCGGUGUGAACAUAUUUGGGCUGCCAGAACAACCAGUACUUAGAAGCGCCUCAGCUGCUGCCCAUUUUUCUGUAGAAUCAUAAGCCUAAUGCUGCAGGCAAAAAUCUAUCGUUUUAAAACGAAGUGUGGCUUUAGUUCUCUUCCAGAUUCUUUGAAGGAAAAGAUGAAAUUGCACUACGGCGAGGACAUGUCCGAACAACUGUACCGGUCUUUGGCCUUCUUGGCCGCAGGGCGCUUGCCACGAAACAGAUGCCAACAGCUUGACUUAUCCCACAAGCUGCUUGUGGAAUGCGACAGUUUUCAAAGGUGUACAACAAAAGCCCUAUCUCCAGCGAAAACUUCUCACUUGCAUUUGGCCCAAAUCAAGCAAUAGCUGUCAUGAAAAGGGUCCGCCUAAGUGACGACAAAUGAGGCCACAAUGUGUGGUUCUAGCAAGUGGCUAGACUGUGCUGUACCGGACCUUUUGAUGCAGGCC